AUCCGACUCAGGACAAAGAUCCACUGCUCAUCAUGCCGGACGCCCCCGUGAAAGCGCCCAAGAAGGGCUCAAAGAAAGCCGUCUCUAAGACCGCCACCAAGACUGGCAAGAAGAGGAGAAAGUCCAGGAAGGAGAGCUACGCCAUCUACGUGUACAAGGUGAUGAAGCAGGUCCACCCCGACACCGGCAUCUCCUCCAAGGCCAUGGGUAUCAUGAACUGCUUCGUGAGCGACAUCUUCGAGCGCAUCGCCGGUGAGGCCUCCCGUCUGGCUCACUACAACAAGCGCUCCACCAUCACUUCCAGGGAGAUCCAGACCGCUGUCCGCCUGCUGCUGCCCGGGGAGCUGGCGAAGCACGCCGUGUCUGAGGGCACCAAGGCCGUGACCAAGUACACCAGCUCCAAGUAAACUGCUGUGAAGUCAACUACUCAAAGGCUCUUUUAAGAGCCACCCACUACAUCUAGAGACGUGUCCUGUCAGUUAAACAAUUUAUUAUAGAAAGUGUACAAUAUUUAUAAUCUAGUCCAUUCAAUAACUACAACAUGUACAAUUAAUAAACUACAGUACUGUCA